GCCGAGGCUGGCUUUCUCUCAGCCGUUUGUGAUAAGGAUGCGAUAUUUCACAAAGGAAAAUGCCCCCGAAGGCCAAAAAUGCUAAAGCUGUCUCUUUCGUAGGGCCGUAGUUGUCGACACACGUCAAAGACAUGGCCUCGGCGCGCUCGCCCCUAUACCUCACCCUAGAGAGGAGCCCAGGAAACAUCUACAUCAUAACCCUCUCCCGAAAGGCGGAGAAUAAGCUCAAUGGAGCCUUUUGUCAAGAAUUAAUUCGCGCCUUCCAUACCAUCCACCGCGAACUCGGUUCCUCUUCAGAAGGAGCAGUUAUAACUCGCGGCAGCAAUGAGAAGUUCUGGUGCAUGGGAAUAGAUCUCGAGGAUCCUGAUCCUUGGACCAAUAGUGAUGGGUUCUAUCCACUCAUUUCCACGAUCCUCGACUUUCCCUAUCCUACCAUUGCCUUGUUGACAGGUCAUACUUUCGGAGCGGGCUGUCUCUUAGCCUUGGCUCAUGAUUAUAGAAUAACUUCUGCAGCGAAACGAUAUUUCAGUCUUCCGGCUAUUGAUCUUGGUCUCUCGUUCCCUGGGAUGGGUAUUUUGCCUCGAUUGAAGCUUGCUCCACCAGUUGCAAGGAAAAUGGUGCUUGAAGCUCAUAGAUGGACUCCCGAGGAGGCUUUGAAAGAUGGGAUUGUUGAUCUUGUUGUAGAAGAGGUUGAGAUAGUGGGGAAAGCAAGAGACGUGGCCGAGAAAUGGAUGGUGAAAGCGAAGCCUGGUGCUUAUGGUGUCCUCAGGAACGAGCUAUGGGGUGAUGCAGCGAAGGCGUUUAGGGAGAUCAGUUUUGUGCACAACAAGAUAGUUGGGCCAUCGAAGGCCAAGAUCUGAAUGAUAUUUUCGAAGAAGAAGGAAGAGAAUAGAGAAUUUCGUGAAGUGAGAGCCUUGACAAAACUUCCGAAAAAUGCAAGAGCAAUUUCAUUGAACAAAGCCU